AUGGCGGGGGGCAAGCGGCGCGGCGCGCACGGGGCGUCGAUGCGCCAGGGCGACUUGCCGUGGAAGAGCAUGCCGCUUAGUUCGCAGGCAGAAAGCGUGAAUGUAACGACCGACGACGGCUUUGAUGCGCUCGACCUCGACGACGACGGGUUCAUGGGCCUGCAGGCCGUCGAGGGAUUCGACGUCGUGUACGAGAAGGAUGCCACUGGAAAAAACAAGACCGCCAAGAUUGUCAAGGCGAAAGGAAAAGAAGGAAAGGGAGAGGAGAGAAAGAAGGGUGAUGAGACAAAAGAGACAAGCAAGAAGGCCAAGGCGGGCAAGAAGGCCGAGCCGAGCAAAAAGGCCGAGCCGAGCAAAAAGGCCGAGCCGAAAGGCAAACGCAAGGCGGCCGAGAUCGACGACGAGGAGGACGAAGACGAGGACGGGAUCGAUGACGAAGAGGAGGAGGAUGCCGAGGAGGAGGAGGAGGAGGACGCCGAGGACGCCACCGAGGCGUCUUCUGAUACCCAGCCGCGCCCCCUGUCCUCCAAGGACCGCCGCGCGGCGCACCUCGCCGACGACGGCGACCUCGAUAUUAAUGCGGCGCUGCUUGCAGCGCGCGAGCAGUCGCUGCUCGAAGACGACGACGCAGGCGACGACGACCAGCAAGGUGCGGAUGCGGCGCUUCCGGGCUGGAGCGUUUUCCCUCUUUUGGCGCCCAUCAAGCGCGCGCUUGCCAAGCUCGGCUUCCAGACGCCGACGCAGGUGCAGGCAGAAACGCUCCCCCUCUCGCUCGGUCUCGACGCGACGCCGCGCGACGUGGUCGGUGUCGCAGAGACGGGUUCGGGCAAGACGCUUGCGUACGGCCUGCCGAUCCUGCAGUACAUUGCCGAGCACCCAUCUACGUCGUUCGACCGCCCCUUGGAGGCGCUGAUCCUCGCGCCCACGCGUGAGCUUGCCCUGCAGGUGGGCCAGCACCUGCAGGCCGUGUCGGACGCGGGCGGCCGCUUUGCCAACAUUGCCACGAUCUGUGGUGGUAUGGCGAUCCAGAAGCAGGAGCGUAUGCUGGAGCAGCGUGGCGGUGCGCACAUUGUCGUCGCGACGCCCGGCCGUCUGUGGGACGUGCUGAAGCAAAACGACGGCUUUGCGCGCCGCAUGCGCCAGGCGCGUUUCCUCGUGAUCGACGAGGCGGACCGCAUGGUCGAGGCCGGGCACUUUGCCGAGAUGGACGCGAUCCUGCGCAUGGUGCGCCGCACGGCCGGAGCGAUCCCUGCGAAUCCGGAUAUGCAGACGCUCGUGUUUUCUGCGACCAUGGCCAAAUCCCUGCAGCAGAACCUCAAGAGGAAACAGUGGCGCAAAAAGAAGCGCAGCGCCGAGCCGACCAACACGCUUGACGACCUCUUGAGCCGCGUCGAUUUCCGCGACGAGGACGUGGCGAUCGUCGACCUCGUCACGGAGAAGCGCGUCGCCUCCAACCUGCUUGAGGCCAAGAUCGAGUGCAUCGGCAAGGAAAAGGACGCCUACCUGUACUACCUGCUCAUGCGGUAUCCCGGCCGGACGCUCGUCUUUCUGAAUGCGAUCGACGGCGUGCGUCGCCUGACCCCAAUUCUCACCGCGCUCGGCCUCGACGUGUAUCCCUUGCACGGCCAGCUGCAGCAGCAGCAGCGCCUGCGCAACCUCGACCGCUUCCGCCGCGAUGACGGCAAGCCCAAGGUGCUCCUGGCGACCGACGUCGCGGCGCGUGGUAUCGACGUGGAAGGCGUCGACCACGUCGUGCACUUCCAGCUGCCGCGCUCCGCCGACGCAUACGUGCACCGCUCCGGCCGUACGGCACGUGCGGGCCACCACGGCAUUGCCGUCGCGCUCGUCGAGCCGAACGAGCAGCGGCUGCUGGCGGCGCUGUGGCGUGCGCUGCAGCGCGCCGACCCUCUGCAGGCGCUCCCGAUCGAGUACACGCUCCUCGAGCCGGUGCGCGAGCGCCUGAGCCUUGCCAAGCAGAUUGAUGCGCUGCAGCACAAGCACAACAAAGCGUCGCACGAGGAUGCCUGGAUCAAGAAACUCGCCGAGGAAGUCGACAUGGACCUCGAGAGCGACGACGAGGACCCGGACGCGGACACCGCCGCGAGCGGCCGCAAGAAGAGCGCUGCCGCCAAGGACGCGCGCCUCGCCGCGCUCAAGCAGCAGCUCGCCGCGCUGCUCGCGCGCCCGAUCACGACGCGCGGCGUGAGCCAAAAGUACCUCACGAGCGGCACGCGCCCCGAGCUGCUCGAGCGCCUGCUCGAGGGUGACCGCGAGGUGCUCGGCAUCAAGCGCUCGACGGCGCAUGCAGACAUGUCUGCGGCAAAGAAGCAACGUCGGUAG